AUGGCCCACGACGACUUUGCGGAGGUGUUCGACUUCCUCCUCAGCGAUCGCGAGGAUGUGCGAAAGAUGGCGGUGAGGGGCAUCGCCCAGCAGAGCAAAGACAACCCCGCGCUCUUGGCCUUUCUCUCCUCGCCCACGCAUGGGCCCCGCUGCUUUGACGCACUUCUGCAGUUCCUUCACGCCGGCGGUGUUCACGUGCUGGGCGACAUCCUCACGAUUCUUAUUAACUGCUCGGUGGAGAGCCGCUGUGCCGAGAUGCUUGUCUCCCGCAGAGUUGUGCGCAAGGCAAUGCGGUUGCUGGACGGCAUUGAGGCCUCUGACCAUGCCGAUUCGCUCAAGAGGAGUCUGGAGGAGAUGACGCUAAUGCUGCUCAGCAACUUGACGGCCAGCCACAUCUCCGCGGUGGAUGAUCUGCUGCAAACCGACGACGAGGACCUCCGCGGGUUUUACCUUGGCAAGCUGCAUGUGUACUACAACCGUUUUGUCAGCAAUGCAGCGACAGGGGAGGGAGACGACGACGCCGUUGAUGACGGUAGCGAAGGCAGAGGCGUGGGAGAGGAAGCAACGGCAGCAGGAGCAGACAUGCUGCCCACGCGGGAUCUGCAGAAGUGGAUUUUGCAGAUUUUGCUCAACCUGACUCGCUCCAACGACGGCCAGGAACUCCUUAUGGAGGAUGAGGACUGGGACAGGACCCUAACGGAUUGCCUCAGUUCAUCGAGUGCGCGGCAUCGUCUCUUGGCGGCGCAGUGUUACCGCAAUUGCAGCUUUCAGAAGGAGCACCACGCGACAAUAUUGAGGGGGAAUGCCCUGCGGGUCUGCGUGGAGCGACUCUGCGACGGUGGGGAGCGGGUGGCGGAGGUGGAGAUGAUGCUGGCGGAGGUCUUGGCGGAGAUGCUGCGCUCGGAGGCGGGAAUGGAGUUUCUCGAGGAGGUAAAUGCGAAGAAGCACCUGCAGGCGACGGUAGCGGGCAAGAAAGUAAACGAUGCAACCGCGGAAUUUGUCCAAGGACACGUGUUGCCGUUCCUUGACGAUAUCGUCGAUGCCUACGUGGUACCGGGAAGUGACGGGGUCGAUUAA